AUGUUUUAUUCAUGGAGUAGAUUUAAUUCAAUUGAUUAUGAUGGACGUACUGGUUUACAUGUAGCUGCUAGUUGUGGUUCAUUAGAUGCUGUCAAAUUUUUUAUUGAAGUUUGUGGUGUAACACUUAAUUCAAUUGAUCGUUGGGGAAAUACACCAUUAACUAAUGCGAAACAAUUUGGUCAUGAACAAAUUGUUGAAUAUUUAGAAAAUAAAUAUUCAAUCUAUUUAGAUAAAGAAGAUAUUACAGAAUAUGGACAUGAUGUUGCGUAA